AUGGAGGCCGUCAUUCCCAAAAGUAUACGGAGUACAAAAACCUUCUUGAUGAAGGAGUGCUUGGGCCCGGAAACCGUCCUUUCUAAACUUGACGAGUCGGUGAUUGAAAGCAACACCAGAAGCGGAAUCCGCCAAGUUGCGGCGACUUGGGCCAUGCUGGAGAAACUAACUCGAGAAUUCGCCAACCACGGCAUGGCGAUUCACUGCGACAUCUACACCGAGGAUGGCUAUCCCACAGACACACCCGUUGUUCUGUAUUUUCACGCCGGGGGCCUGGUUGGCUGGGGACGAAGGGCAGUGCCGCCGUGGCUCGUUCAGACCACGUCCAAGGGCCUGAUGGAAGACGUCGAAGCGGCGUAUGAAUUCGCCCGGAACUGGCGUGCUGAUGGGAAGAAACGCCGUGUCAUUGCCGCCGGCAGCAGCGGCGGCUUCUUCCCAUGCGCCAUGCUGGCUCAUCACAACCCCGUCAAACCGCUCGCGCUCCUCUCAGCCCAGGGCAUCAACUCGUUCCGCCACAGCUUCUUCAACUCGUCCACCCUGCUCACGCCGGAGCCGAUUCCAGACUCGGUCAUGGCGCCCAUCAUCGCCGGCCCCGUCGUCAUUGGCGAAACACGUCCCGGCGACCCGUCUGCCUUUGACGUCGGCCAACUCACGCCCGAUGGUUCCAGAAACCCCGACUACAAGCCUCCAGCUCGCCCGCAAUCCCCUGAUGACUCAGACGACGCUGCUCGUCUCCGGGGUAUGCUGUACGACUACUACACUCACAAGAACCAGUGGGUCGAGCUGCUGGGUGACGUCGACCCAGGCUACGCGUGGGCAAAGGAAGAUGCGGCCGGGGCCAAGGCUCGCGUGGAGGCGUGGCCGCCGACCGUCAUCUUCCACGGCAACGCCGACUACGACGUGGAGCUGGCGGUGAGCGAAGAGAUGAGGGACUCCCUCGGCGAAGACAAGGUGACGCUGCUGGUGGCAGAGGGGCAGGGCCAUCUCUACGACUUGACCAAGUGUAUUGAGGAUGAGGCACCCGGGAUGGAUACCGUCAGGGAAGCCGUCCGGUGUCUGGAUGGAAUUGUUGCCAGGCAAUGA